GCUGGCUCCAGGCUGCUUGCUGCCCAGGCCCGGGACUGGGCCCUCCCUGGCUGUCCGGCUGACAGAUGGACGACUGUGAUGGCCGCGGGGCCCGUGCCCCUGGCUGCCUCCCUGGUGCUGCUUUCCUGAGUCUCCCCUGAGGCUCCCGCACACGGGGUGACAUUUCCCAGCUGUGGGCCGUGUUUUCCUUCCCAUGCCACUGGACUCCGUCUUCAUGGUCAGGGUAAGCCUGAGAGACUCUUAUGCACAGCGACCCCAUUGGUACCUUGGGCUGUUCUCCCACCUGGAUGCGCCCCACCCCCCCACACACACCGUGCCCAGGACUCCUGCCGGGCCCCAGGCAGGCUGAGAGGCUCCCUUCGCUCCUUCUAGGAGACCUGGAGGCUCAGGAGUCUGGCUGCUGUGGGAAGGGGACUCAGCUCAUGAGGCUGCUUGAAUGUGCCCAAGUCACAUCUCCCCAUUGGGUUUCUGACCACAGAUCCAAACUCCAGGGCAGGCUCGGGAGGACGGUGGGCGGGUCAGCAGUGGAGGUGCUCUGGUGCAGGUCCCUGCUGAGGGGUCUGUGUUCAGUCCCAACCCAGGGCCACUCAGCAUGGAGCUGGGAGGCCCGGGGGGGCCCGUGUGCUACCUCCUGGCCGCCACCGCCAUGUUCAGACCCUGCCUGGGCAAACGAGAAGGAGGCUUCAUCAUGACCAGCGUCUCCCCUGGGUGCCGGGAGAGGGCAGCAAGGCCAGGCCCUGGGUGGCUGACCCUGGUAGCUGUGGGACCAACUCUACACCAAAGAUUUGGGUGAGAGAGAGAGAGAGAAAGCAGAGGCAGGAAAUCAUAACGGGCUGAAGGCAGCGUCGGGGCUGGAGGACCCGAGUGCCAUCCUGACGCGGCUGUCUGUCCUGCUCAGGGGACAGCAGACGCUCACCCCAGGCACCUCCCUGGGGAACUGUCAGGUCCUGGUGACACAGAGCAGAUGGGAAGGCCUCCAGAGAGAACAGUCUCCACACCGAGACUAAGAAUCGAGAUGGCUCCAAACCCCUCCACCCUCAGUGGGCUUCCUCAGCAUGCACUAGAGGACAGCUGGGGGGCCCUUCCUGCACCUGCUCCUCGGGGUGCCCUGGAGUGUAUGCGUAUGCCUGUGUGCUCUGAAGGGCCCUCACAGGGUGGCCUUCUCUAAUCAGGAGCCCCACUCCCCCUGGGUGGGGUCAGCCGCCUGCUAUCAGAAGGCCCAGAGCAGCCUCUCUCUGCUGGGCAAACCCAAGGCCAGCAAUGGGUGUCCCUGGGUGGUGCCUGGGUCUGGCAGGAUGGGGUUAAGAACCCCCAGCCUUGUCUGAUCAGUGUGAGAACUAGCCAGGCCCAUGACCUGUGUCCCAGGGACAGCCAGGUCUCUCCUGGGCUGUGUCCUGUGCCCUGCUGGGUGGGAGGAGUUGGGCCCAGGUCCUGUGAGGGUUCAGGGAACCUCUGUGCAGAGAGAUCAGGCCCUAUAGGGCCCUGUGCGCCUCCCAGUGCAUGGACCUCGCCUGCACUGCCUGGCACACUGUGUGGACAUGUGGGGAGGGCACCGCCCCCGCUUCUGCCCCCUGCCUUCUUUCUGGCUGGCCUUUCCCGCGUGCCUGGCCUGACUGCCCCGCUCCCAGGAGAGGGCGGCCGGGGGCUGGGCCUGGCCGGCAGGCGGGGCCUGGGAGGCGGGACCUGGGAGGCGGGACGCCAGGAGCGCUCAGAGCCCGCAGGCAGCGGGGAUUAGACACCUCCCCGGCAGACAGCGGCCUGGGCGACCGCGAGCUUGCGUGCCUGGCAGGGCGGUCUGCGCCAUCUCCGGGUCCCUCCCAGGAGCCCUCUAGUCCCCCUGCUCACUGUGCGUCCCCGUGUGUCCCCGUAUCCCCUGCCCCCAUGGAACAGCUGCUGCGGGCGGAGCUGCGCACCUCGACCCUGCGCGCCUUCGGGAGCCCCGGCGCAGGCUGCAUCAGCGAGGGGCACGCCUACGACACGGACUCGGGGCCCGUGUUCGUCAAGGUCAACCGCAGGACGCAGGCCCGGCAGAUGUUCGAGGGGGAGGUGGCGAGCCUGCAGGCCCUCCGGAGCACCGGCACGGUACGGGCCCCUCGGCCCAUCAAGGUCAUCGACUUGCCGGGAGGGGGGGCCGCCUUUGUGAUGGAGCACCUGAAGAUGAGGAGCUUGAGCAGCCAGGCGUCCAAGCUGGGAGACCAGGUGGCGGAGUUGCACCUUCACAACCAGAAGCUCAGGGACAAGUUGAGGGAGCAGGAGAGCACAGUGGGGCGGAGGGCCGAGGGAGCCGUGCCCCAGCACGUGGCUAAGUUCGGCUUCCACACGGUGACGUGCUGCGGCUUCAUCCCGCAGGUGAAUGAGUGGCAGGACGACUGGCCAACCUUCUUCACCCGGCACCGGCUCCAAGCGCAGCUGGACCUCAUUGAGAAGGACUAUGCUGACCGAGAGGCACGAGAACUCUGGUCACAGCUACAGGUGAAGAUCCCGGAUCUGUUUUGUGGCCUAGAGAUUGUCCCUGCCCUUCUCCAUGGGGACCUCUGGUCAGGAAAUGUGGCCGAGGACGACUCGGGGCCCAUUAUUUACGACCCGGCUUCCUUCUACGGCCAUUCGGAGUUUGAACUGGCAAUUGCCUUGAUGUUUGGGGGGUUUCCCAGGCCCUUCUUCACUGCCUACUACCAGAAGGUCCCCAAGGCGCCAGGGUUCGACCGGCGGCUGCUGCUCUACCAGCUCUUCAACUACCUAAACCACUGGAACCACUUCGGCCAGCAGUACCGGGGUGCGUCUCUGAGCACCAUGCGGAAACUUCUCAAGUAGCGCCACCUGCCCAUCACACGAUGAGGGGGGGCCAUGCCACAGGCAGCGUCAGGGACUAAUAAAGCCAGUGGGGCUUCGGGGAUGGAA